CUAGGACUGAAAUCACAGUUGGUUUUGUGAUCUAGACUAGGUUUUCUUCUCUUCCCCAUUCAAACACCUCCUUUUGUGUCUUAAUUUUGUACCCAAAUGAAAGGCGCGUGUUUAAAUUUCGAAAACCCCAUCGAAGAUGCAGUUUCCAGGAUCCGAUUCGCCCCUCAAUCCAAUAAUCUCCUCAUUUCCUCUUGGGAUUCCAAUCUUCGAUUAUACGAUGUGGAUAGCUCUCUGCUUAGAUUAGAAGCUCCUGCGCCCUCACAAGCUGCUCUUCUCGACUGUUGUUUCCAGAGUGAGUCCGUUGCUUUUACGGCUGCGUCCGAUGGUUCCAUUACAAGGUAUGACUUGCACUCAGGAACUAUUGAUGCUAUUGGAAAUCAUCAGGACAUGGCAACAUGUGUGGGAUACUCUAUUGAAACAUGCCAAGUGAUUUCAGCUGGAUUAGACAAGAAGGUAAUGUCUUGGGAUAUGCGCUUGGCAAAUCCUCCUGCUCUCUUCCGAAAUCUGGGUGCAGAAAUUGAUUCCAUUUCUAUCUCCGGUUUUGAUUUGAUGGUAGCUGUUGGAGCAGCAGUAAAUAUAUAUGACUUGCGGAACUAUGAAAGAGCGGUGGAUUUAAAAGAACUAUCUAUGGAUGUAGGGAUAAGUUGUGUUGCUUCAGUUCCAUUUACCAGAGGAUAUGCAAUUGGGUUGAUAGAUGGACGUGUAGCGCUGGAGAUUUCAAAUCCAUUAAAUUCGAAUUCCACUGGAUACACUUUUCGGUGUCACCCUACGACAAAGGAUGGAACGGCACAUCUUGUGUCAGUUAAUGACAUGGUUUUCAAUCCACUCAUUGGUGGUACUUUUGUUACUGGCGAUAAUGAAGGCUAUGUUACUGCGUGGGAUGCUAAAAGUAAAAGAAGAUUACACGAGUUUCCUAGAUAUCCAAAUAGUGUGGCAUCCUUAUCAUACAACCAUGUGGGGCAACUUCUAGCUGUUGUAUCAAGCUACACAUAUCAAGAAGCUAAUGAAAGGGAGGUUUCCCCUCAAAUAUUCAUACAGAAAAUGGAAGACAGCUAUGUUGGAUUUUCUUCUGAAGUUUCAAGAUCAAUCGCCGCCAUGUCUGACGAGGAGCAUCACUUCGAGUCAAAGGCCGAUGCCGGAGCUUCAAAAACUUAUCCUCAGCAAGCUGGUACCAUUCGCAAGAAUGGUUACAUAGUCAUCAAGAAUCGCCCUUGCAAGGUCGUGGAGGUUUCAACCUCCAAAACUGGCAAGCAUGGCCAUGCUAAAUGUCACUUCGUUGCAAUUGAUAUUUUCAAUGGAAAAAAGCUUGAAGAUAUUGUUCCUUCUUCCCACAACUGUGAUGUUCCCCACGUCACCCGUACUGACUACCAGCUGAUUGAUAUCUCGGAGGAUGGAUUUGUGAGCUUACUGACUGAGAAUGGCAAUACUAAGGAUGACCUGAAACUCCCAACUGAUGACAGUCUCCUCACUCAGAUUAAGGAUGGAUUUGGUGAGGGGAAAGAUCUUGUUGUGACGGUGAUGUCUUCCAUGGGAGAGGAGCAGAUCUGCGCCCUCAAGGACAUCGGUCCCAAGUAGUCUGUGCCUGGCUGCAAGCAGCGCAUGCCCAAGGUUGACUGCUGAUAGUUGUAGUUUUAGCAAGGGGUUUUAUGUGGGUUUGAGAUCUGGGCCCAUUUAAGUAACGUUCUGCACCAGAUGCGGCCUUAUAUGAAGACUUGCCAUUAUUUAAGUGGCUUUUUAUUUGUAAUGAAUGAUAUUCAUGUGGAUCUUGGUGUGGAGAAAGUUUGUUCUGCCAUUAAGACUGUAUACAACAUCUUGGCACCUUUGGUGGUUUCAAACAAUUUACAGUUUUUAUUUCCUUGU